AUGCGUCAACCUCCUGGUUAUGAAGAUCCGGUGCACCCAGACUAUGUUUGUCACCUACAGCGGUCACUAUACGGCCUCAAGCAAGCCCCGAGGGCUUGGUUCCAUCGUUUACAUGAGUUUCUUCUAUCUACAGGCUUUGUGGCGUCUAAGACUGAUGUGUCUUUGUUCUACUACAGGUCAGGGGACUCACGCAUCUAUCUACUGGUAUACGUAGAUGGUAUCAUAAUGAUGGGCAACGACACCGCUUUGUUGACUACUGUGCUUGAGCGGUUAUCAGUGGCUUUUAAGAUUCGGGACUUGGGGACUCCGACCUUUUUCCUUGGCAUUGAGACAGUAUCAGUAGACGGUGGCUUGUUGUUGUCACAGCGCCGGUACAUGGAUGACAUUCUUACCCGUGCCGGCAUGGUUAACUGUAAGCCUCUUUCCACUCCAGCGGCAAUUACUAAAGCCGUUUCUCCGUCUACAGAUCCGUAUGAAAACCCAACACAGUAUCGAAGGCUGGCCGGGGCCCUGCAGUAUCUUACCAUCACUCGGCCGGACCUAUCUUAUGCUGUCAACAGGUUAUGUCAGUUUAUGCAUGCUCCUACUGACGAGCACUGGGCCAUGCUCAAGCGGGUUCUACGAUAUGUGAAGGGUACUCUCACCUAUGGGUUACGUUUAACAGCUUCUCCGUCAGCGGAUGUUCACGCUUAUUCGGACUCUGACUGGGCCGGGUGUCCUAUAGACAGGAAGUCUACUAGUGGAUAUGCUGUUUUCCUUGGCACGAAUCUUGUUUCAUGGGUGUCACGCAAACAACGUACGGUCGCUAGGUCAUCUACUGAAGCCGAGUAUAAGGGGCUGGCCGAUGUCGCAGCCGAGGUAACAUGGGUCAUGUCGCUUCUUCGGGAACUGGGUCUACAAUCCAGUACACCCGCAACUCUGUGGUGCGACAAUUUAGGUGCUACUUACAUGUGCGCGAACCCAGUGUUUCAUGCUCGGACUAAACACGUGGAGAUUGAUUAUCACUUUGUACGGGAUAAGGUGUCGACUAUAGAGUUUAUAGUCAGUUUUGUAUCUACGAGGGAUCAGCUGGCCGACGUCUUCACCAAACCUCUGGCUACUACACGCUUUACUGCUUUGAGGGACAAGCUGAAUGUUGUUGCUUCACCACCUUCAGCUUGA